ACGAAAACAGGCGCGUGGGGUUUAGGGAACAUUAACGUAAAUAAUUGUUUGUUUUAGGAUUUGAAAUCGGCAUAAUAUUAGAAACAUAUUUAACAUUAGGAUUUGUGUUUCGCGUGCUGUGUGAGCCGGAGAGAGGAGACGUUAGCCGCUCGGCUCGCUCAUUCAUUCAAGUAGCACGCUUCGAGAGGGGGAGGCAGCCUGAGAGCAGCAAAAGCUAACAAAGGAAGACGAGCGGGUCUAACUGCUGUCGGCUCUCUGGUUUUGUUGUGAUAUAACAUUUCCAUUCACUACAGAAUAACAUCCAGUUUUCAUAGACCAGGGGAGAGAUGGCUGAUAUGUACAUUCGAGUGGCUGAGGAGGAGAACGAAGAGCCGAUGGAGAUUCCCUCGGAGGACGACGGCACGGUGCUUUUGUCCACGGUGGCGGCGCAGUUCCCGGGCGCCUGCGGCCUUCGCUACCGGAGCCCCAUUUCACAGUGCAUGCGCGGCGUGCGCCUGGUGGACGGAGUGCUGCACGCGCCGGAAAAUGGCUGGGGAAACCUCGUCUAUGUCGUCAAUUACCCAAAAGAAUCUGCAGACAACAAGCGCAAAAUGGAUGAGAUCGAGGCAUCAUCGGCAAAGAUGAAGAGAGGAGACCAAAAGACGUCAGAUCUGAUCGUGUUGGGCUUGCCAUGGAAAACUACAGAACAGGACCUGAAAGACUACUUCAGUACCUUUGGUGAUGUAAUCAUGGUGCAGGUGAAAAGAGAUGCAAAGACCGGAAAUUCAAAAGGCUUUGGCUUUGUUCGAUUUGCUGACUGGGAGACCCAGGGUAAAGUGAUUACACAGCGGCACAUGAUUGAUGGGCGAUGGUGUGACUGCAAGCUACCCAACUCAAAGCAAGGUCCUGAUGAGCCGAUGAGGAGCAGGAAGGUGUUUGUUGGCCGUUGCACUGAGGACCUGACUGCUGAUGAUCUGCGGCAGUUUUUCAUGCAAUAUGGCGAGGUCACGGAUGUCUUUAUCCCCAAGCCUUUCCGAGCUUUCGCUUUUGUUACCUUUGCUGAUGAUCAGAUUGCCGCUUCCCUGUGUGGGGAGGACUUAAUCAUCAAGGGAGUGAGUGUUCACAUAUCCAAUGCUGAACCCAAGCACAGUGGCAGAGGGCACAUGAUGGAUCGGGUCCGCUACGGGAAUGGUUUCGGGGCUCAGGCCUUCGGAAGCAGCAGCCGCAGCAGCUCCAGCAGCCUGGGAAACUUCAGCAACUUCAACCUGAACCCAGCCAUGAUGGCUGCUGCUCAGGCUGCACUGCAGAGUAGCUGGGGGAUGAUGGGAAUGUUGGCACAGCAGGGUCAGUCAGCUACAUCUGGUUCAAGCGCAAGUGGCGCAAGCUCCGCUCGAGACCAGACACAGUACAGCACAGGAAACAGCAACUACAGCAGCAGCUCCGCUGCACUUGGCUGGGGUGCAGGCUCUAAUCCUGCUAGUAGUGGAAGUGGGUUUAACUCGAGCUUUGGCUCCAGUAUGGAGUCCAAGUCUGCAGGGUGGGGCAUGUAAGUGGUGGGGUUUGUUUUUGAAGUGUUGGUAUUUUUAGUGUGUGUUUGGUAAGUAUUUUCUGAGAGACUUAACUCUUUUUGUGCAUUGCGGGAGUGGGAGCAGGAGCAAAUGGGGAGUUUGGGGAGACCAGGAUGUUUUUCUACAUUUGAACAAGAUGUUAAAUAUGAUUUAAAGUUUAAAACAGGCAGUGUUACACAAACAUCAUCAUCUGUGUAAUUUACUCCCCCCCCCUUUACAUGCUGAAUUGGUUAAUUCUGGGGUAGGCAGAAACUUUCAACUGGAUUCUUGAAAAUGCAUGCAGUUUGAUCUGUGAUCACAAACAUGCAUGUUUGAUCACCAAAUUUAAAAAUCUUGCAUUGGGAAGAAUCUGGUUGAAACCUAAGACUUUUAAGUACAUGUUUUAUUUACAGCAAGAUCAAUUUAAAAAGCCUUCAUCGAAAUCUCUUCUGCAGUUGCCAUCUGUGGGUUUUGCCUGAGAAGAAGGCCCUCUAUGGCAGCACUGUGCGGCUGAGAUCAUAAGCCCAUCUUCCUCAUGUCUAAAAGCUCUCAUCGCUCGGCUCGCUGACACGGUGGGUGUCCCUUUGUUUUUUUUUAGUCAGCAUAUUUUCGAUUUCACAAGAACUGUACAGAAAAAGUGAACAUUUUUUAACAACUGUUGAGUGCGCUUGGUGGUGGCGAAGAGUGAGCGAACGGAAGGCAUGGAAGCGAGCGAGCGAAAAGACUGAUGCGAGUGCGAUGAAAGAGCUAAAAUGUGACUGGGUGGCUUUUGUGAGCGCGUGAAUGAGAGCUUGUUGACACUUCCCAGCCUCACCUAUACACAGCCCUGAGCAGAUGGACGAUUAGUUCACCUGUACCUGAAGGUUCACAUUUUUUCCCUCUUAGGCUUCCCAUUUUGCUUUUUCUCCUAUCAUAUACUGACAAUGUGUUUAAAUAGCUAGUGGAAUGUUGUGAUGAGUAUUUUUUUUUUUGUCUUGCUUCUAUAAAACUGUUCUGAAUGCUGUAUGGUGUGUGUGCUUUUCCUUGUGAUUUGACCUGUAAGUUUGAACUUGUGGAUGACAUCUUCAGUGGCCACUGAGGGGGUGGGAGAACGAGUGAUGGUGUAAGUGAGACUUGUAUGUUGAGUGAUGUGGAUGUCUGUGGAAUGAAUUUCUUCUAGAUUACAUUUGCUUAAUGUUUUCCCAAAAAAAAAAAAUUUUAUAUGGCUUGUGAAAAGAAGGGAGUGCUCCAAUAAAACUUAAUUUGAAUCAA